CAGGUACAAAACCAACGUAUGAGGACGAUAACCAAUUUAUUCCUGCUGAACUUGGCAAUUUCUGAUCUCCUUCUCGGCGUUCUCUGUAUGCCGUUCACACUUAUCGGCGCGCUGCUGAGAGACUUUGUUUUCGGAUCGGUUAUGUGCAAAUUGUUGCCGUUUUUACAAGAUUUGGAGCAUUGUUACCAUCAGAAAGAAUAAAGGCAUCUAAAUUAUUGACAGUAGGACUAACCAAUGCAAUGGACGGAAAGAAAACAGCAUCUAAACCAAACAAAGGAUCUACAAAACAACUAUAAUUAUUGAUAUCACCUCAUAAAAUGCAGAAACUACCCAAGAAUAUUUACUGGAAAAAACACAUUUAGAGAUACAUCCACUCAACGAAAAAGGUACGUAAUAUCAAUAAAAAUGUUAAUUCAGACAACAAACACAAUACUUAAAAUUUGUCCAAUUCUUGGUGUUAUUGGAACAACAAAGCGAUGUUCAUCAAUUCAUUAUUUUCGUUAGUUGAGCCAAUGUAUUACGUUUAUUGAAUGGAUGAACAUUCAUUAUGUAUACCAUAAUAUCACUUUAUUGGUAUUACGAACUCUGUUCACUGAGUCAACGAACACUAUUUAUUUAUAUUACUAACUCUGUUUACUGAGUCAACGAACACUAUUUAUUGAAACAACAACGUCGUUAAUUGACCGACGAAGACUAUUCGUUGUGUCAAUAACAGUGUUAUUUCUCCUAACGUAUUUCGUUUAUUUCUACAAUUAUUUCCGUUUAUUGUUACAAUUAAUUCCGUUCAUUCUCACAAUAAAUACGGUUUUUC